UUGUCGAGGUGAAGGAGAAAUUCCGGUGGCGGGUAAGGUUGAGCGAGAACCGGCGGCAGCGGCUGAACUUGACGGAGAAGCGGCGGCGACGGCCAUGGACGACGUCCCUGAGCUUGAUGGAGAAAUUCAGCAAAAUGAGAGUGACGUUGGUUCUAUAAAAGCUCCGGAUGUCGUUAUAGAAUUUGAUAGCAAAGAAGCGGUGUAUGUCGAUGAUGAGAAGUACCAAAGUGUUCUUCUUUGGUUGGAGAUCCAAUUGUCCACAUAUACUCCUCCCCAAGUUUAUGGGUCUUCCAUAUGUGACAACCUAACAUCUAUCCCACAACCGAGUAGUCGUGUGUAAGGUGAGAUUCCAAAAAUCAUUAGAGAUCCUAAGUGUGUAAAGUGCAAGGGUGCUCCGAGGAAAAACCGUCAAAAAGGACCCUUGGAGAAGGGAAAGAAGAAAUCAAGGGCUUGGAAUGAAAAUGGAAGUGCCUCACAAGCUACAGCUGACCAUGGCAUUGGACAUUUAUGUAUUAGGACAAAAACAUUUAUGUAUUAGAACAUUCAUAUACAUUUAUGUAUUAGGACACAAACAAACUCUUUGGUCUUCACAAACACAAGACAUGUUUCUGGGUAGAUAUAAAUGUGUUACCUCACAUUUUGUGAAAUGUAUUUCUUUAUGAAAGUGUUUUUUUUUAACUAUA